GCUCCAAUUUGCCGAAAAGUGAGCUGCAUCCGAUCUGAUCCGAUUGCCGAAAACAAAAAGAGGGUGGAGCGAGCUCAAAAAUAGUUUUCAUAAGUUUCCAAAUGACAGAAACUUGAGAGAGAGAGAGAAAAAGUAAAGAUGACAAGAAUCAGCUACUAAAACAUAAAGCUUUGUAAGCCUUGCUAUAGAUUCGAACACCUUGUACUCAAAUGAAACACAGUUGUAUUACGAACUAGUCCUUGAUAUUCAGUUAGCUCAGAGGAGAACCGAGCACCCUUGUAAUUCGAUUAUUUUGCCAUAAUGUCCACACAAAUGACCUUUCAGAGUCGAACAACAGUGAAACCGCCAGAGAAAGGCAGCUUUCCUUUGGAUCAUGAUGGUGAAUGCAGAGAAUUUAUGAAGAAAUACAUGAAAUGUCUCAGAGAAAAUAGACAAGAAAAUACAAUGUGUCGUGAACAGUCUAUGGCAUAUCUCAACUGUCGCAUGGAGAAGAAUCUUAUGUUGCGUGAAGACUGGAAGAAGCUGGGGUACAGCGAUCUCGCACAGAAACAAGCAAAUACAAAGAGCUCAUCAUCACUAAGGGAAACAUAAUCUAGAAAAGAAUCUCUUUCCCAGACUUUCAUUGUUUCAAGAUAUUGUUCAAAGUAUAAGUUGUUGAGAGACACAAGGUAAUGGAUAAAAUCGAUUAUUUAUAAGGGCAAUGAAGGCCUUUUUUUAACAUUAAAAGAUGCUUUUUUGCAAGUUUGUUUAUUAAAUAUUUCAAGCAGCA